AUGCAACCGGUCUAACCUAUUGCAGAGGGAUAGCGAACAAAAAUCAUAUAUACGCUGAUCAAGGAUCAAAAGUACAGGGAGGCUAUAAAUUAUUUGAACUACGAGUUGCAAUUUUGUCCGAAGAGCAGGGCACUCUCUUUACUUGCAUAUUGUCACUAUAUGAAUUAGGAUUUCACUUCUGCGGUUGGGAUGUAUGAGAUAGUUUAAAUAACAUAGUUAUGAGUAAUUAGUGAAAUAUUAUCCUGAGAUCGACGAUUACAAGAUUUAUCUGGCACAGUCGUAUUACAAAGAUAGUAAGAAAGCAAUUUGAAAAAUAGGUCUUUACGAUGAGGCGUUGAAAGUGUGUGCUUCGAUUGAGAAUCCACAAUAUUAGGGCAAGAUGGUGUAAUUGCAAGCUCUGAUUCGAUACGAGAAGAGCGAAUUUCAACAUGCGAAGACAUUGUUAAAAUAAAAUAACAUGGACGAUCCAGACUCAGUCAUCAAUGAAGGGUGCAUUUUAUUCAAGGAGAAUAAGUUCGAUGAGGCAAGACAACGAUUUCAGGAUGGAAUGAAUCUGACUGGGUACUCUUGUGAAUUGGCCUACAACAUAGCUCUGUGUUAUUACAAAUAAAAACAACUGGCUCAGUCUCUCAAAUACAUCGCCGAAAUCAUCGAGAGGGGAGUGAGAGAAAGACCAGAUCUGGGAGUAGGCUCAAAUGCAGAAGGAAUCGAAGUCAAGAGUGUUGGUAAUUCCUAAGCAUUGAAGGAGUCUGCUUUGAUUGAAGCCUUCAAUUUAAAGGCAGCCAUCGAAUACUCUAUCAAAAAUUAUGAUGCUGCAAAAGAAGCCUUGGUUGACAUGCCUCCAAGAGAAGAGGAUGAACUGGAUCCUGUUACUUUGAUGAAUCAAGCCUUGAUGAACAUUGAGGAUAAGACAGCCGAAGGGUUUAAAAAGUUGAAUCACUUAUUACAAAAUCCGCCAUUCCCUCCUGAGACAUUUCCAAAUUUAUUACUGUUGUAUUGCAAAUAUGGCUAUUUUGAUAUGGCAGCAGACAUUCUAGCUGAAAAUGCAGAUCUCACAUUCAAGACAAUUAGUUCAGAUGACUUUGAAUUUGUGGAUGCCUUGAUUCUGAGUGCAGCCAGUCCAGAAGAAUCCUUUAAAAAGUUCUAAGUCUUGGCAAACAAACACAUUGACACUCUGAGAAGAAUAACCAAGUCAAUCCAAGAUGCAAGAUUGAAUAGAGACAAUGAGGGAAUUAAGAAAUCUCUUAAGGAAUUCGAUGAUUGUUUGGAGAAGUUCAUCCCUGUAUUGAUGGCACAAGCUAAAAUAUAUUGGGAUAAGGAGAAUUAUUCAUAAGUGGAAAAACUAUUCAGACAAUCAGCAGAAUUUUGUGCUGAUCAUGAUGUAUGGAAAUUAAAUGUGGCUCAUGUGUUUUAUGUGCAAGACAACAAAUAUCGAGAAGCCAUUCGUUAUUAUGAACCUAUUGUUAAGAAGAAUAGUGACAAUCUAUUGUCAUUGACUGCAAUUGUGGUUGCAAAUUUGUGUGUUAGUUACAUUAUGGUCAAUCAAAAUGAAGAUGCUGAAGAGUUGAUGCGUAAAUUGGAAAAGGAAGAAGAGAAAUCACAGUAUCAAGAUCCUGAGAAAUCAGUUUAUCAUCUAUGCAUAGUCAAUUUAGUUAUAGGAACACUUUAUUGUUCAAAAAAUAAUUACGAAUUUGGCAUCUCCAGAAUUAUCAAAUCACUUGAGCCAUAUAACAAAAAAGUAAAUAAAUAUAAUCUAUUAUAUAUAGAUUAACACAGACACAUGGUAUUAUGCCAAGAGAUGUUUCCUUGCUUUGAUUGAAGUCUUGGCAAAACACAUGAUUAUUCUAAAAGAUACUUCAUAUAGUGAGAUCCUGGAUUUCCUAGAUGCUUCUGAUUAAUGUGGCAAAGCUAUUCCUUCUGUAUUUAUUUAUCGUCUAUUCAUUAGGUAAUUAACCCAUUAGAACAACUUGAUGAGAAAAAUACAGUUUCCUAUGAAGCCAGAAUGAUUAAGAGGAUGUUUCUAAAAUUAAGAACAUGAAGU